AUGGGUCCAAGGUGGAUUGUUAAUGAGAGGGAAAAGCAAAUGGGAGUUGGGCUGAAGGAGAAUUGCACCGGCUGUUUGAUCUGCUCCGAGGAGAAUGGAUGUUCCACCUGCCAGCCACGACUUUUUCUCCAUAUCCGUCGAGAUGGCAUCCGCCAAUACGGGAAGUGCGUACACGACUGUCCCCACGGCUACUUUGGUGUACGUGGCCAUGAGAUCAACAGAUGCAAAAAAUGUGGGUCCACCUGUGAAAGCUGUUUCAGUCAAGACUUUUGUAUUCGGUGCAAAAAGAGAUUUUUUUUGCACAAGGGGAAGUGUGCUACCACCUGCCCAGCAGGCACCAUUGCCCACCAGAGCACAUGGGAAUGUCAAGAGGAAUGUGAAUUUGGACCCUGGAGCAUCUGGAGUCCCUGCAGCCAGGAUGGGAAAACCUGUGGGUCAGCCUGGGGGCUGGAGACUCGGGUACGUGAGGUCAGCCGAGGCAGUCGAGAGGAGGGUACAGCAGCCUGCCAAGCCCUAUCUGAGUCAAGAAACUGUCCCAUCAGGAGGCACUGCCCCGGAGAAAAAAACCUGACCCGAAAGCGGGGGAGAAAGGAAAGAAGGCAUCGGAAAGAGCGAAAGAUGGAGCGUUCCCAUUGAACAUCACUCUCCACGACAUCCCCCGCCCCAAUCUUGGUACAGAGACAUCUGGACUAGGGAAAAGAAAGGGGAAGCACUGACUCAGCCAUCGGGGCUCCUCACUUACCUGGCCCUUUCCUUCCAGGGAAAACUGAACAUUUUUCAUUCCGCCUUUAUUUUUCUUUCCUGCUCCUUUCUUCUUUUCUUUCUUUGUUUUCCUUCCUUCCUUCUUUCCUUCCUUUUUCAUUUUUUCUCUUACUGCUAUACUUCAUUUCUACUCUGUCAACCUUCCUCUUCUACUCCUUCUGCUUACCUCCAUGUUCUCUUCCUCUUUUUUCUUCUUUCUAUUCCCUUGUUUCUUCUCUUCUUUUAUUCCCUUCUUCUCUCCUUUCUUUCAUCAGUCCCUCCCCUUCUUUCUCAACAAAAAGAAAUAAGUUUACAAACUUCAGAAUUGAUCUUUAACAACACUCUUGAAAGAUUCAAGUCCAUCGAGAAGCUCCUUCCUGAUGUUCCAAACAAGCACAGGAAAAAGCUCACUCUGUUGUCCAUGCUGGUUACAACCUUGGGAGCUAUAGUGAAAGAACAGGUAUCAUCUCCAGAGGACAGAGACAAUGGAUUUAAUUCAGUUGUCCAAGGCAAAGGAGCAGGAGACGCAUUACCAGAAGACCUCAAGCACUCCUUUGUCAAAGAGACUCCAUAAGUCUCUUUCUCCCCUUAUGUACAAACCCCACAAGUCCAGCUGCUCUCCAUGAGAACAGACCCUCACCCAGCAUGGGCUUUCAGCAGUCAUGCAUCUGAGUGUUUCAAAGGGUCUUUGAUCUGGGGUCACAGCUGAUAGAAUGCCAGAGCUGGAAGGACUCUUGAAGAUCAUUAAGUCCAACCCAUUCAAUUUACAGAGGAGGAAAUAGAGGCCCAGAAAGGGCGAAAGACUUGAUCUCCUAUCGCUGAAAACUUAACAUUUUAAUGCCAAAGAAGCAGCCAUAACCUCUCUCUGGUAAAAGAGAAGGUUAAACUCAUCUUGUGGGGACCUUGGGAUGUCUUCUACUCAGCUCCACACAGGCAGGAUAAGGUCAUGAAAACCUAUCUUAAGCCUCUAUCCCAAGGCAGGUCAAAUACUCCUGAGAUUCCUAGAGAGGCUUGCAUUCUUUCUACUCCAUCAGGAGCAUCCUCCUUAUUGUCCCUUCCAGCUGUUUCCACAUGUUUAAUUUGUUUGUUAUGACCAGAACCCUGGUGGCUAUUGGGAGUAGAAAGAUUAGGUCAGAGAACUUCUCUUCCCUGUAGGACCAGGACACCAAUUCCAGUCCCAACCCAAUCCCCCCAACAGAAACACAAAUACUCUCCACAAUCCUGUCAGUUGCAGAAGAAACCUGGAAUUAAAAUAGGGAUGGAUUGGGGUAAUAAUCUAGCUAUGGACUCUUUUUUCCCUUAUUGGGAAGAUCUUAAGAAAAUAGGAAGGUAGCCAAUGAGAUCGGGAAUAUUUUCACAGCUCAUUGCUUUAAAACUAGAAGGGAUAGUGGAGAUCAUCUAAUACAAUACUUUCAUUUUACAGAGCAGGAAAAUGUAUCCCAGAAAGGAGAAAUGACAAUAAUAAUUAUAAUAGCUGACAUUUAUAUAGCGCUUUAACAUUUACAAAGCGCUUUACAUUAUUUCAUUUGAGUCUUACAACCAUCUUGUGAGGCAAAAAUACUAUUAUUAUUCCCAUUUUACAGAUGUGAAAACUGAAAUUCAGUUUCAGUUAAAUGACUUGCUCAUGGUCCCACAGAUAGCAAGAG